CAUUAUAUAUAUGACUGAAUUGUGCAAUUGAAAUGUUUCCUCUUGGCAUGAAUAUAGCCCCUGCUGCUGACAUGGCAUUAAAUAAUAAAUAAAUAAAUCACAACAUGUUAUAUGUAAGAUAAUAUGUGUAUUAUAAUGAACUUAUAAUCUGCUAUAAUAUGGCGGUCGUUCUGGACCAGGAACACAACUAGCUAUCAUGAAAUGAACACAACAGGAGGGUAAAUGCUACAGGCUACAAUGGCAGUUAGUGUAACGUGUUAUGUAGUGUUUCAGGCAACGACAUGGCUUCAGCUAAGUCUCACAAAGGCAUGAGUAAUGCUGAAUGGCUUGCGCGUCUGGAGAGUUUUGCCCAAACAGGAGUUUGGCCAUCUACACAGGGGAAUAGACCUUCUCCCCGACAAAAAAGAUGGCAUGAGAUGUAUCAGAAGAUAGAAAAGUGCCCUCUGCAAAUGAGGGGACAGACCACUCUUCUGAAGGAAGCUCAGACAUGUAUUUGUGGCUUUCACAAGGUUCAUCCACCAGUCACAGGGGAAGCAUCACAGAGCACCCCGGCCCAAAGCACACCCUCUGUCAGCGAUGUGUCAUGUCCUGCAAAGAGACCUAAACUGACAUUGUCAAUGUUUGAAAAGUCAAGGUUUGGAGGCUCACAUGUGGCAGCAGCAAAACCUAAUUUGAGCACCCAGAGGAAAACCUCUCAGAUGUUAGAGCACUCCAGUUCAGCUACAGUUUCAUGUCCACCCUCUGAUCCUCAUCCUCCUCCAUCCCCCAAACCUCAUCAGCCCGUCAUCCAGUCCUCCUCUUCCUUCUUCCUUCCUCCACCUCAGAGUUCACAACGCAUCAAAAAAACAGCAACGCCAUCAACUGUUUCUGAGAAUACUGUUGUGAGGAGCCCACAGGUCUCAUCUCAGCCAGAAGAUCUCCCCCUUCUGUGGCCACAGACAAUGCCACAGCAAGACCAGAAGUGGGUGUCAGAAGCACUUUUUAGGGUUGGUGCAAAGGGAAAGCUGGAGCUGCGUGAAAACCUACAGUUGUGGUAUCACCCCCCACCACCAGCCCUGUUGUACCACCAAGCUCCAACACCUGAUAGGUUUUUUUCACAGCGUCUCUUGCUCUGGAUGCCAUAUAAGCUGUGGAAGGUGCGGCUCCAGUGUACUAACCCUGCCUGUGCCAGGCAACAGCUGUGUGGUGGUGGACUGCACAGGAGGGUACGACAGGUGUUAGACAUUGACAGAUACUACAACCUGGUGACAGAGACCCUGAUCUGCACCAGGUGUAGAGCCAGCUAUCUGUCCUGGAGUCAAGCUGUGCUGCAGCAGUUGGACCUGGCCCAUCGAUCUGAAUUCAGGGUCAUCCUCACACGCAAGUAA